AUGUGCUUUGGUUGGUGCAAGGCUUCCUCUGCAGGUUUCUCAAGUGGGAGCACGCCGACAGAUCUCAUCGAGGAGUUGACGGAGGCCUUCCUCACUUUUCAGAUCAGCGAGGAUGAAGUCCUGCUUCACUUGCAGAAGAUCAAUGAGGUCAUGCAACCGCUAGGAGUGGUGUUCACCCUCGAGGAGACGCAGGACCUCACUAGCAUCGAACGCGUCCCUGGUUUGCAGGAGUUGACGGAGGCCUUCCUCACUUUUCAGAUCAGCGAGGAUGAAGUCCUGCUUCGCUUGCAGAAGAUCAAUGAGGUCAUGCAACCGCUAGGAGUGCUGUUCACCCUCGAGGAGACGCAGGACCUCACUAGCAUCGAACGCGUCCCUGGUUUGCAGGAGUUGAUGGAGGCCUUCCUCACUUUUCAGAUCAGCGAGGAUGAAGUCCUGCUUCGCUUGCAGAAGAUCAAUGAGGUCAUGCAACCGCUAGGAGUGCUGUUCAGCCUCGAGGAGACGCAGGACCUCACUAGCAUCGAACGCGUCCCUGGUUUGCAGGUGGGAGCGCCGGCGUGCGCCACGAACAGAAUCGGCCUUCACCACGACAAUGCUAGUGGAUGCCGAAGCACCACCUGGAAUGGGCAACAUCAUCAUGACUUUAUGGGCAACAUCAUGAUGACUUUGACAGAAAAGCCAGGCACGCCACUCUUUCGGCUUUCGUUGAAGUUGGGAAACACCCUGAUGACGACUGUUCAAACUAACAGCGGUCCGAUCGGUGCGGAAGAGGUCCAGCUGGGCGUGGUUGCAGGAACAACGGUCAUGGCCCCGCCCCCGCUCAUGGACUUGGAGCAAAGCUUUUCCAAGGCCCUCCCCUUGAUCACCAGCUGGAAAGUCACCACAGACAGCCUGCAAAUGCGUGGUAGAGAUGUUGAAAUCGAUUUCCGUCACUACGAUGUAGCAAGCUGGAAGGAAGCGUUGGAUGCCGCAGAGCCUUGGAUGUUUUCCUGCUUUCGGUCGCGGCGAUUCGGAGGUCCCAGCAUGUUUGUGGCGAAGUCAGAGGUCAAGGUGCCGACAACGGCCCUUGAUUUCAUGCCUAGAUCGUUGCCAAUCAGGAUGGAUUACGACACGGCCAUGUCCUCUUUGCAGAUGCAUAGUUAUGUCAUCAGAGCUAUUCGGCGAGGUUUGGCAACACAGGUGCAAGUGCCACUAGAGGCUGUGCAUGUGACCCUGCUCCCUGGAGCCACUUUGGCGCAUGCCCAGAUAGAUGUUGUCAACAUGGAGACAGCAGCCCUGGUUGCGAAACGUGCGACAGCGCGGGGUGGUGAAUCCUUGUUGAGCCAAGUCAAUGACAACUUGGCAGAGGUCCCAGGAGCUUUCAAUGUGAUGAGUUUCGGGACACUUCGAUUGAAGAUACUCUCCUCCACCGUCGGGGCCGGCGAACACUAUGACAAGCCACCGCGAUGCGAGAGGUCGGAAAGGAAGGGGCCGCGCUGUCGGUCGGUGACCAGGAUGACUGACAACGGCACCAGCGAGGACAGUGAGUCCGAUGAGACCCCCAAGAAGGUGAUCGCAGCGGAGGAGCGUGGACGGUCAAGAGCAGCAAAGAUGACUUUCAACAGCACCCUCGAGGCGAUUUAUGCCGCCAUGAGAGCAGAAGGCUACUGCGUUGGUGAGACGCAGGAGUCAAGGACGUUGCCGACGAGCUGUUCCCAGAAGGCACGCCACUCUUUCGGCUUUCGUUGA